UAUUUUCUCACAAAGGAGGUGGUUCCUCGGGCUGAGUCAUCAUAGAAGGAUGGUAAAGGCCAGAUUUAGACAAUCAGCACAACUAUCCUUUCUUUCUUCCUAUCUCCCCUCACGCGCAUUUUCUGUCUCCCCUUUUAUCCUUUUUGUCCUGACCCGAUUAUACUCCGGUACCUGCUUCCACGACCACCAUGAGUUUGGCAUCUAAAACCGAAGGCCAAAAAAUCUUUGAGAAGCUCAAAUCAAAUCGUGCCAAUAAGGUAUGCUUCGAUUGUAACUCCAAGAAUCCAACUUGGUCUUCCGUUCCGUUCGGUAUCUACCUGUGUCUCGACUGUAGUGCUCACCACCGUAAUCUUGGUGUGCAUAUAUCUUUUGUCCGGUCUACCGUUCUUGAUCAAUGGCAAUGGGAUCAGUUGAGGCUCAUGAAAGUCGGUGGUAACGAAUCUGCGACCAAGUAUUUCCAGAGUCAUGGCGGGUCUGCAGCAUUGGCAUCCAAGGAUCCCAAAGUCAAAUACGGAUCCAACACAGCUACCAAGUACAAAGAAGAACUUAAGAAACGUGCAGCCGCAGAUGCACAACUUUAUCCCGCAGAAGUGAUUGUUGAAGGUGGCGAAGAAGUUGCUGUCCCUACUGAGGCUGAGGAAGAUUUCUUUUCUUCCUGGGAUAAGCCUUCCAUCAAACGUCCAACACCCCCACCGUCUAGAACUGCUACCCCACCGGUGGUUGGUAGGACUGGAACUCCUUCAAAUGGCAGUGGCAUUGCACGAGCCAAGUCCCCCCUCGCUUCCCCUGAGACUGCGCCGGCCGUUUCUCGUACCACGACCUCCUCUGCCCUGCGAACGAAGGCCGGUGCAACAUCUGCAAGUGGACCACGAAGGACAGGCGUAUUAGGAGCCAAGAAAGGGCAAAAGCUUGGGGCUAAGAAGGCCACUGGUGGGGAUGUAAUUGAUUUCGAUGAGGCCGAGAAGAAGGCGAAGGAAGAGGCGGAACGAAUUGCGAGGUUAGGUUAUGAUCCUGAAGCAGAGCAGCAAACCAAGAAAGAAACAAAGGCAAGUGUCUUGAGCCCUACGCCAGUCACCCCAUCAUCGCCUACGCAUGCUAGACAGAGCAGUGAUGUGGAGCGAUUGGGGUUGUCGAUGAAUAAGCUAGGGUUUGGACAAGUUGCAGGCGCAGCGGCUGCGAGUGCCCCUGCAAAGAAAACGGGUGGAUUCGGCUCUGUUGGAUUAAGCUCCAAGGUUGAGGAAGAUGACCAGAAGUACGCACGGGAAAAGUUUGGAACCCAAAAGGCUAUAUCUUCUGACGAAUUCUUUGGCCGUAAUACCUACGAUCCCCAGGCUGUUAGUGAAGCUCGUACCCGUCUUCAAGGGUUUGAAGGAGCAACUGCCAUCUCUAGUAAUCAAUACUUUGGUAGAGAUGAUGAAGAACACGAUGCCGAUGCUGCAGGAUAUAGCGAGCUCGAACUCACUGCAAGAGAUUUUGCCAGAAGGUUCACUGGAACCGCCGGAGAGGAUCUGGAGAACGCUGCGCAAGUUUUGGGUCAAGCAGCUGCAAAGGCCUCUGAAAUUGUUGGACGAUAUAUGCGAUAAAUGUUGAAUAGUGUUGGUGAAUAUUUGGUUUGACUAGACGCUUAGUGAAGCGGGGGUCGAGGCAUCGUAAAUGGUUGGGUUGUGAUGGGAGGAUUCAAUCUUUCUACAGUCUAAGCUACGCAGUGUUUCGGGUGAUAAUUGAUGUUUCCAUGGGUCACUUUUCAUGUCGCCACACUACCCGGGGCGUUAACUUUUUCCAUUACCUUUUCUUAUGUUGCGGGGCGGUAGACGGUUGGUGUGGGUUGUGAUGGGUUGCGAGAAAUAAAAAUUGUAUUUCAUUUCGGUCGAUUCCCUUUUGAUGAAACCCCUUCCUGUGUUAGGAGGGAUGAGAUGGUGAGAAUUGGGAGUACUGAUAUGGGAUUAUGCUUAUGCUCAUAUUGAUGAGUGGUGAUGUGUCGAUUGCUUGUUAAGUUAUUCUUGGGACUAUGAUAGCUGUCUAUAGACACCAGAUUUUCUUGCA